AUGACAGAAUCACCUCCUUCUUGUUGUAAUUUUCAUUAUGAAACUGAUCCAAAGGAUUUCAAAAUUACAGAAGAAGAGCUUGACGUCGUUUUUACAGAUAGAGAUCCAGAUGAAUUUUUAUUAGAAAUCAAAAACGAAACGUUUACAUUUACAAGAACAAGAAACAAGUCAAACAUUAACAAAUAUACAUAUACAUGCUCACUAGGCUCAGAUGCACAUGCUGCGCUGCUUCAACGUUUAUUCGAACAAGGAAUUGCGACAGUUAAUUACAAGAACGCAGAGUUUUUCCACGACGCCUCUCUAAUCCUUUGCAUACCACGUCUUGAAGACCUAUCUUCUAGUUAUAUGGAAAAUGGCUUUAGAGAAACUCCAUGCAUUAGCAUUCUUUGGAAUAUCCUGAAGUGGUUUGCAGCCUUCUUAAAGCAGGUUAGUAUAUUUACAAAGAUUGUUUUAGUAUUAUGGGAUUUAAUCGGAGUUGGAAUUAUUCUGGCUUUCUUUUUCAAUACGAUCCUUAUGUUUGCAACAAUGGGCUUGUACGCUUUAGCCAACUCUCCUAUUCUAUUUGUUUUUGUUUUACUUCCGAUCGUUUUAUACAGUCUAUUCUUCGUUAAUAUUAUGACAAUUGCCGUUCAUGAGUGGUUUAAAUUUGCUGUAUACAAUCGAAAAUCUCCACUUUCAUCGUUACAAAUUUUGGGAACCAAAAUUAUCAAAGUUACUAAGUGGGGCAACUUUAUUAAGCAUAAAUACAUUCAUCUUGGAAGAAAAUACGAUAUUUUCCUCGGUUUUCUCUUCGUUGUAUUUAUAAUUGUAUUAAUUGUUUCAAUGUUUACAGAAUCCUUCGUUUUAGGUGUUGAAUUAUUGAUAUACAUAUUCGCAGUUAUACUUCCACCAGUGAAAUAUUUCAUUGUUAUCAUUUUGUACUCAAUUCAUGCUUAUUGCAGUUGUUUCAAGUCAUGUCGCUUGAGAUUUUUAGAAAUCAACGACUAUAAUGAUCCUUUCUUAAAUGCUUUAUACACAAGACAGCAUUUGUAUCAAGCUGUUUUAUAUUAUUUCCGAAAUAAAAAGUUUCAUGCGAAACUGACUAUAACAACGACCAAGUUGACAACAAUGAUCAAGAAGAAGAAUUAUCUGAAAUAA